AUGGCGAACAAGCUCUUCCUAGUCUCGGCAACUCUCGCCUUCUUCUUCCUUCUCACCAAUGCCUCCAUCUACCGAACGGUCGUCGAGUUCGACGAAGAUGAUGCCACCAACCCAUCCGGCCCAUUUCGGCUUCCAAGAUGUAGGAAGGAGUUUCAGCAAUCACAACACCUAAGAGCUUGCCAGCAAUGGCUCCACAAGCAAGCAAGGUUAGCCGGUGGUGGUCCUAGCUGGGCCCUCGAACUCGAAGGUGAGUUUGACUCUGAAGACGACAUGGAGAACCCCCAGGGUCGUCCACAGCAGAGACCGCCGCUACUCCAGCAGUGCUGUAACGAGCUCCACCAAGAAGAGCCAAUUUGCGUUUGCCCAACGUUGAAACGAGCAUCAAAAGCUGUUAAACAACAAGUUCAACAACAACAGGGACAACAACAAGGACAUCAGCAAAUGGUGAGCCGUAUCUACCAGACCGCUACACACUUACCUAAUGUUUGCAACAUCCCGCAAGUUGGCGUUUGUCCCUUCCAGAGGACCAUGCCUGGACCCUACUACUAG